AUGUCUGACUCCGAGUAUUCCAUUCCUCUUCCUCGGAUUAGCGCCAAUGACGCUGCCGAUGAGGGUUUGAAUGACCACAGACAUCAACGUGAGAGACUUCCUCCUCCAGAAGAUCCUCUUCAACUCUCUCCUCAUCAAAACCAUCCUCACCAAAACCAUCCUCACCACCAAAACCACCAGAACCUUGCUCCGGAGGUUCAUCACCCUCGUAGAAACUCCCGUGCUCAUUCGUCAACUGAGGAUGCAGAGGAAGCCCGUAAGAACUUGAGAAAAUCGACCAAAUCUGCUCGUAUUCAGAUGCAAGAUACCCUGCGCUUGCAGAAAAUGAAGACAAAUGAUUCGGCGUUUUCCAUGGAGGCCAAUGCCGGUGCUCACUACAACUCCAGACGUGAGCGCCGUCUCUCCAGAUCUUCGGUAGACCUGGAGGCAGAUUCGCACGCUUCGCGCUCAUCGCAAGAAACAGAAGAGGAUGUCUGUUUCCCUAUGGAGCACGUGCGCAUUAAUGGUAUUGACUUCAGCGAGAUCGAGGCCUUUAUCGAAGAAGAGAGACUGGACAAGUCUCUUUUGAAAAAGGAGCUGAGCCGUGUCACCUAUCCGGCUCAAGUGAUGUUUAACAAUCGCCGCCAGUCUGUUUUCUCUGGCAGCGACAUUGAUAGUCGCCACAAGAAGCGCUCUUUCAUCCAAAGAACUAGCAAUGCCAUCCGUAAUAUUAGAGGAAGACGCCGUAAGGAGUAUGACCUCGAGAUGCAAGUCCAUGACGUCAAGCCUUCGGACUCUUCGGACGAGGCUUACUUGUAUGAGAAGACUCUGGAUGAUAGGUCCUCGGACAACGUGAAGUUUGGGGGUACUAGAAUCAACAACGGUGAAUUGGAAUUGCCUGAAAGAUUCUCUUUCUUCCACUCCGACAAUGAGGAGACUGUUCACUCUCCUGAUCUCGCUGGCCUUGUUGAAGAGGGCAAAAGUGUCAGUGAAUUGUUCCACAAUGGAGAGUCAACUUGGUGGUUAGACUGCACCUGUCCAACCGACGCUGAAAUGAAGGUAUUGGCUAAGGCGUUCGGUAUCCAUCCUUUGACCGCAGAGGAUAUUCGUAUGCAAGAGACAAGAGAAAAGGUUGAGUUGUUCCGCAACUAUUACUUUGUGUGUUUUCACACCUUCGAACCAGACAAGGAGUCCGAAGACUAUUUGGAGCCCAUCAAUGUAUACAUUGUUGUUUUCCGUGAAGGUGUUCUCACUUUCCACUUCUCCCCAAUCUCCCAUCCCGCUAAUGUGAGAAGAAGAGUCAGACAAUUGAGAGAGUACGUCGAUGUCAGCGCUGACUGGAUUGGUUACGCCAUGAUCGAUGACAUCACUGAUGGUUUUGCACCAGUCAUCACUGCUAUCGAGUACGAGGCUGAUGCUAUUGAAGCCUCUGUCUUAGACGCUCAGCUGAUCAACUUCUCUUCGAUGCUUAGAAACAUUGGUGAGUCAAGAAGGAAGGUCAUGACCUUGAUGCGGCUUCUUUCUAAUAAGGCUGAUGUUAUUAGAAUGUUUGCUAAGAGAUGUCAGGAUGAAGCUUCUCAGUUCUCCUACUCGACCGCUUCCCGCCUCAACUUGAAUAACAUGGCUCAGUCUCACAACAGUCAAUCCUGCGGAAUUAGUUUCGGUCCUCCACCUGGCGCUCCUCCAGGAAUGAUGGCCCAGGUUCAAACUCAAGGCACGGCUCAUCCCAGAGCCGACAUUGCUUUGUAUUUGGGUGAUAUUCAGGAUCACGUGGUGACCAUGUUUCAAAACUUGGCUGCCUAUGAGAAGAUCUUCAGCAGAUCUCACUCCAACUACUUGGCUCAAUUGCAGGUCGAGUCUUUUAACGCCAAUUUGGUCAUGACUAACAUCUUGGGUAAUGUGACAUUGCUUGGUACUUUGUUUUUACCAUUGAACGUCAUCACAGGUGCUUUUGGUAUGAACGUCAAAGUUCCUGGUGAGGGUGCGGAUUACUGGUUCUACGGUAUCGUUGGCUUCAUGGCCCUCUUGGUUGUUGUCAUGUACACUAUCGUCAAAAUGUGGUUGAAACGAACCGAGGCAGAGCACGAUUUGAUGGAGAGCGGAAAGAAGUCUAUCAAGAGUUUCAGUUUGAAGAAUAAGCUGAGAGAAAUUGCCAAGUCAAUCCUCAGUGUCCCAAAUCGUUACGAUUGA